AUUAUUAAUGGAUGUCAUCAGUUUUAAAAGAGUUGUUUAUCUGUGCUUUGAAUUAAUUGUGGAUUCACUUGGAAAGGCUAAGAGAUGGCGUUGAAAUUGACAAUAACCGGUUAAAAUAGUAACUGAAGGGGAGUGUAACAAUCUCGGUUAAAGUAACCAGUUGUGGCAACUUUUGUUUUUCUGGUUUAUCAAGUUGUAUGAGAUUUAUUAUCUUUAUAGCAAAACAAACUUGCUGCAAUCUAGCUUCUGUCAAUCUGAUCCUUUCCCCCCUCAUUAUUACCUUUUUUGGUAUCUCAAAGUAAAAUAUGUCCAUUUUUAUCCUACUACAUGCCAAGCUGUUUUAGCUUUUCUUCCUUACUCUAAACUAGUCUGUAAAUCGAAGUCGCUGGAUGUACCGAUUUUCAUUUGUUUUGCUUUUUGUUUACCUGUUUUGUUUGUAUCAUGUUUUUAAACCAUCAUUCACUGUCUAAGCUAUUUUGAUGUCAUUUCAUCUAAUUUUUUCUCUAAACUCUUACAUCUUUGCCCAUGUUUAUGACUUAUUGCUCCCUUAUCAACUCACUCCCUCUUUACUCUGAAUUUUCUUCCAAAGAAUCAUCAUCACCCAGUAAGUUAUCAUCAUCAACAGGAGGAGGAGGAGGAGGAGGAGAUGCUGAAUUAGCCUCAGGAGCAGCUACUCAAAUAAUAUCAACAACAAAAUCAGCGAAUACUUCUACUUGUAGUGGAAUGGAUCAAAGAGAAUCAAGCAUGUCUAAAGGCUGCUCUUUAAGUAAUGUAUCCAGUGGAUUAGAAGCCAUUAAACCUGUGUCUCGAGAUUAUUCAAAUGGAUCAUCACCAUGUAUUCCUAGAUAUACUAACAAGGAUAAUCAAAUACCCGUUCUCUCUUAUAAAGGUUUACGCCAUCAACAACACCAUUCACAUCCAUCACCUAAUCAUCGUAAACAUGUGGCAACACCCUCCUGGUCAUCUUCAUAUGCCUCUUCUGAAAUUUCCUCUGAUUCUACAUCAGAUUCUGCCAAUGAGUCAACUCAUCCUGUCAAUGUUUCACCCAAUGUUACAUUAAAUGGUCCCUGUGUUUCUAGUGAAAGUAAAACAGUAACAGUGACUGUAACAACAACCAAAACAACAUCAUCAUCAUCAACAAUACCAACAACAACGUCAGCCACACUCAAUAAUAAUCGUGCCCAUCACUAUAGUCAUCAUCAUAAUAACAACAUUGGUAAUAAAGGAUCUAAUCAUAAACUACCAUGUUCACCAAAUGUGAACUCCAUCAGAUAUCCAUCUUUUUUCCCUCUUGAUGCUAAAAAUCCAGAUAACUUCAAUAAUUCUGAUAUGGGUAAAGCAAAUUUUUAUGAACAUUUUGAAUAUCAAUACCAACAACGCCAAAAGUAUCAACAACUCUUCCACCAAAAGCUUUGUGAUGAUUUAGUUGGAAAUGAUCUUGAUCAACAAAACCAGCAACAUCGACAAACUUCGCCCAAUCUACCCACCACACCAACAUCCAUGGAAGGAGAGCAACAACAAGAACAGCAAGAACAGCCAGUACAGCUUUUACAGCAAGUACAGCAAGAGGAACAAGAAGAGGAAGAACAAUCAGAACAGUCAGAACAAGGAUUACACCAAGAAGAAGAACUGAGAACCUCUCAUCAGAAAAUUUGUGAUAAUGAAGAAAAUAAUUUCGACCAAGAACAGCAUCAAGCCUUACCUAGCUCAGUAGAAGAAGAGAAACAACCGCAAGACCAAGAACAAGAAUCGCAACAAUCAGAUGAAGCAGAAAAUGAGCCAAACCAAGAGACAACUUCUCAGGAAAACCAAGAAACCUCUUGUCCAGUAUUGAAUUUAAACACAUCUUCAAUUUCAUCGUCAUCCUCUUCGACUUCUGAAAAUGAAUCAAGCUCAGAAGAUGAAAUGGAGAUACCCGAGAAUUGUCACUAUUCACCACCCAAAAGUAUCGAUCGAGAUGCUGCUUCCCGAUUAGCCAAACGUUUAUAUCAUUUAGAGGGUUUCAAACGUUCCGAUGUUUGUCGCCAUCUUUCCAAAAAUAACGAUUUCUCUCGGACAGUUGCCGAAGAGUAUCUUAAAUUUUUUGAUUUUAAAGGUGAUAAAUUGGACGAUGCCUUGAGAAAAUUUUUAGCCUCAUUUUGUUUGAUUGGAGAGACCCAAGAAAGAGAAAGGGUUUUACAACAUUUCAGUAAACGUUAUCUUGAUUGUAAUCCAGAUUCAUUAAAGUCAACCGAUGCUCUUCAUACCCUUACCUGCGCCAUAAUGUUACUUAACACCGAUCUCCAUGGUGAGAAUGUUGGCCGUAAAAUGACCUGCAACGAAUUCAUUGAUAACCUUUCUGAUCUCAAUGAUGGACAAGAUUUUCCUCGAGAUGUUCUUGUCUCAAUAUACCAAUCAAUAAAAGUGGAACCAUUACAAUGGGCUCUUGAUGAUGACUUAUCCAUGCUCAAUGGAGUCAACCGUCGUCUACUUGACUCUGGAAGUGGAUCUUCUUCCAGCCUUAAUCCAGCCAUUCUGGGUAACAAUCCUUUCCUUAAGCUGCCCAAUCCCAAUACAGCAACUGAAUAUAAGCGAGGUUACAUCAUGAGAAAAUGCUGUUUCGAUAUGAACGGUAAACGAACACCUUUCGGUAAACGAGGUUGGAAAAUGUUUUACGCCACUUUACGAGAUUUGGUUCUAUUUUUGCACAAAGAUGAACAAGGUUUUCGUAAAAAUCAACUUUAUGAAUCUUUGCACAAUUCAAUCAGAAUCCAUCAUGCACUUGCUACACCAGCUACUGAUUACACCAAGAAACAGCACGUUUUCAGGUUGCAAACAGCAGAUCAAAGUGAAUACCUUUUCCAGACAAGUGAUGCACAGGAACUUCAAUCUUGGGUCGAUACAAUUAAUCUGGUCGCUGGAACCUUAUCGGCUCCACCUCUCCCAUCUUCUGUGGGAUCCCAUGCUAAAAAGUUUCAAAAGCCUUUAUUACCCAGUAGCCAUACUAAAUUUAAUACUAAAGAGCAAGUGGCCGAUCAUGAAAUGAGAAUCCAACGGAUUGCUCAGGCUCUUGAAGACCACGUUUCCAAGCAUCCAGAUAAAGGAGCUCAACGACGGGUACUCAACGAAUACGCUGAGAAACAAAGUUACCUUGAAUUUGAGUUAAAACGAUAUUCAACAUAUGCUUCAAUUUUGCGCAGCAAGUUGCAGCAAGCUUUUGGAAGUGGAGCUUUGCUUGAAGGACCAAACAAGUUAACCUCAUUUUCAGCCAGUAAAUCAAAGCCAUUAACCCAACUUUCAAUUGGUGAAGAGCAGGACAUUGAUGAGGAGAAAUGGGCUGAAGAAGGUCAUGAAUAUCAAGGACAAGUCACCGUUAAACCCGUUUCUCGAUCUCAUCGGGUUUCCCAUCGGAAAGACAUCAGAUGAGUUGAUGAUUGGUACCAAGCAAAAGUCGAAUUUUUCAUCUUUUCUUUUUUGUAUGGUUUCAUUGUAUUAAUAAUGUAAAAGUAACGCGAAAGGAAAUUAUUGUAACAUGUAAAAGAGUUAACUAUUGAUUGAUACACAAGACAAAUGGACAACAGUUAUUUAGUUAGUCACAUUGAUAUUCAAGGUUAACAUUUAAACAGUUCUAAUAAAUAUUCAGUCAAUCUUUUUCA